AUGAGGAAGAAGGUGAGAGGAGUCUUCAGCAGCUGUGGGCAAUUAUGGGAAAGAUCUGAAGGCUGUGUUUCUCAGAUCCCUGAGCAAGGAGACACCUGUGAGAGUCAGUAUAGCCCACAAAGGCAGCAAGGAAACCAUCCAGAAGAAGGGCAGGGUAAAUCCAGUCACAGAAACAGAGUGGUGAAAGCAAACACAGAAAGGGUUCAACAGAAAAUCCCCCAUCAACAGUUACCCUGUGCUUCCAGUGUCUGUACAACUCUUAUUAAACAUGAAAGAGCACAGACAGCAGAGAAACCCUUCAGCUGCUCAGACUGUGGGAAAAGCUUCAGUCGGAGUUCAAACCUUGUUAGACACAGGAGGACCCAUGCACGAAAGAAACCUUUCAACUGCUCUGAUUGCAGGAAAAGCUACAUUUUCCGCUCACACCUUAUUAUCCAUAGGAGAAUCCACACAAGGGAGAAAUCCUUCAGCUGCUCUUACUGCAGAAAAAGCUUCAAGGAGAGUUCAAACCUUGUUAAACACGAAAGAACCCACAGAGGAGACAGACCUUUCACCUGCCCUGAUUAUGGGAAAAGCUUCACUCAGAGCUCAAGUCUUGUUGCUAAUAAGAGAUCCCACACAGGAGAGAGACCUUUCAGCUGUUCUGACUGUGGGAUAAGCUUUAGUCUGUGCUCAGGACUUAUUGAUCACCAAGUAACACAUAGAGGAAAGAGACCCCAUAACUGCUCCGAUUGUGGAAAGGACUUCAAAUACAGGUCAGACUUUGUUAAACAUAAAAGAGCCCACACAGGGGAAAAACCAUUCAAUUGCUCAGACUGUGGGAAAAGCUUUAGUCAGAGUUCACACCUUGUUGUACAUAAGAGAACCCACACAGGAGAGAAACCGUUCAUCUGCUCUGACUGUGGGAAAAGCUUCAGUCAGAGUUCAAGUCUUGAUGCUCAUAGGAGAACCCACACAGGAGAGAGACCUUUCAGCUGCUCUGACUGUGGGAAAAGCUUUAGUCUGCGCUCAGGACUUAAUGAUCACCAGAUAAUACAUAGAGGAGAGAGACCUCAUAACUGCUCUGAUUGCGGAAAAGGCUUCAAACACAGGUCAGACUUUGUUAAACAUAAAAGAGUCCACACAGGGGAGAAACCCUUCAAUUGCUCAGACUGUGGGAAAAGCUUCAGUCGGAGCUCACAUCUUGUUUCACAUAGGAGAACCCACACAGGAGAGAAACCUUUCAGAUGCUCUGAUUGCGGGAAAAGUUUCAGGAAUAGUUCAAACCUUGUUGUUCAUAGGAGAACCCACACAGGAGAGAAACCUUUCAGAUGCUCUGAUUGCGGGAAAAGUUUCAGGAAUAGUUCAAACCUUGUUGUUCAUAGGAGAACCCACACAGGAGAGAAACCUUUCAGAUGUCCUGACUGUGGGAAAAGCUUCAAGGAGAGGUCAGGCCUUGUUAAACACAAAAGAACGCACACAGGUUAGAAACCCUUCACCUACUCUGACUGUGAGAAAUGUUUUAGAUGGCACUCACACUUUAUCUAUCACCUGAUAAUACAAACAAGAGUGAUAGCUCAGAACUCCUUUGAUUGUGGAAAUGGCUUCAAAGACAGGUCAAACUGUAUUCAAUAUAACAGAACCCACACAGGGGAGAAACUCUUCUACUGCUCUAUGGGGGAAACUUCAGUCAGAGCUCAAAUCUUGUUCGACAUCUGAGAAUCCCCACAGGAGAAACCCUGUAAACCUGAAUUUCUUUUUGUGAGGCCUGGGCAAAAUGCAAUCUAUGGACUGUCCAACUUGCUAAGCCAUAAGCUCUGGCAUGGAGAAGGAAUGGAGUUCCCCAGGCAGGCUGCCCUGCAGCCACACAAGCCACUUAAAUAAAUUUAGUUUAGUCAACUAAUCAGCUAUUUGAUGGAAUUUCCCUGGAUUAGUCAAUAAGAAAGGAAGCCACAGUGGGAUUAGUUCCCAGUCCUGGAAGCUAACCCUGAUUUGCCUUUUAAAUGUAUUAAGAGUUGGCAGGCUCCUCCUGAUAGAGGCAGACAGAUAGGAGAAAGCAACUAAUUGAGUGAUUAGUGGACUAUCCAAUAAGCUUAUGCUUAGUUAAGAGUCAGUUAGUUGCUUACAUCUCUACACAGUGAUUUGGCCACCCGGCCCUGUUUCCUUUUAAAACUUUAAUCUCAGAGUUGAGAGGGAAAGCUUCAGGUGCUGCCUAUGCCUCUAGCACAAUCCCAUUGGCCAGUUGCUGGCCAGAAACUGGCCCCUGGGAGCUGCCUGUUUAAAUAACAAGCAGUCACAAAUCACCAAGCCCCUUCCCAUCUUGCUCAGCUAGUCACAUAAGCACAUGGCCAGGCAGGCUGGCUGAGGAACAUUUUAAACUCUGUGUUAGCUGCUAGCUGGUAAGUCUCCUGGCUUUAGCCUCCCCCUGGCACUCCAUUCCCUCCCUUCCCUAACCCUUUGCUCUCCCUACCACUCCUGCUCCCUCCUGUACCUAUACCCUCUCCCAGAUCUGGCACCCCAAUCUCCUGUCCCAGAGCACAAUCAUCUCCUACCCUAGGUCACAUCCCAAUCUCCUGUUCUAGGUCACAAUUGCCUCCUUCACCCAGACUCCCUCCCAAACUCAGUUGUCCCUGCUGUACCCCAGUCCUUUACCCCAAGCUCCCUUCUGCACCCAGCCUCCAUUCCCAAUCCUGCACCUCCUCCAUUAGUAGCAUGGAAGAGUGCAGCUCUUGGCCACUUUCCAAAAUCUUGGAAAGCCCUUCAUCAAAAAUUAUUGCCUAGCCCUGCUUUAAGCUUUGUGGCUAUGAGGCUGUUUUUCAGCCUAUUUAAUGCCAUGUGAGUUGUUCAGGCUCUGCGUGGGAGAAAUACUUCUAUUCACUGGUCUCAACCCCACAGGUCUACCCCCAGAGCUCCAUGGCAGGGUGAGGUUUCUUUCCCCCCUUCAAAGUAGCACCUGAGCUCAAGGGGAGAGAGAGCUUCUCUCGUGGAUGUAGCCUUUCAGUGGCCUGCAUUCAGUCCCCUCUAUCCUUGAGAUCACACCCCUAGCUGGAGCCCUCAACCCUCCACCUUUCAAACCUCUGUCUCAGCCCUGAGGCCCUAAUCUCCAGCCCCAACCCAGAGCCAACUCUUACACCCCUGCUCCUCAACUCUUUCGAUUGUAAGGAAUAAAAGGUUAAGGGCUGGAGCAAACUGCUGGUCCCCGGUCUUACCACGUGAACUUAGUUCUGUGCACCAAUAUGGAAAUAGUGUGCCACACAUUCCCUCCUUAUUCAUGCCCCCUAACAAACUUCAUUCCACACAGGUGUGGGAAAAAUUCAGUGGACCAUUGUUUAUAAAUGCUCAGGCUGUGAUACAAGCUUUAGUGAGACAUCAGUCCUUGUUAGAGGUAGGAGAAGUCACGCUGCAGAGAUACCCUUCAGCUUCUCCUGUGCCACAACCAGCAUCACACCCUCCACAGAGGGUGGUUAUAAAAACCAAUCUCACCAAAUCCAAACAGGUUCUCAUGAUCCCCAAGGAGUGGUCACAUUUUCAGGUCCAUUUACACCUUAAAGCCUACCUACAAGAGCACAUUGUGCCAGUCCUUUAGAAUCUAAAAUCAAAAGAGUGAUCAAUGAAAGGAAGAAAAUGUUGAGAAUAACAUUGUUAAAGGAAAUAAAUUACAUACACCAGGUGCAGUGUUGUGGUUCAGGCUUUUAGCAGAGAUGGAAUAAACGGCUAUUUUAAAUCUCUCUGGAGCACAUCCUUUGUUAGGGUGGAUCACCAGUCCUUUUGGGAUCAGGUUAUAGCAAAGAUGUAUCUGACCUUAUGAGCUGGAAUGAAAAAAAAAAUGGAGAGACCCCCAGGACCCUCUUUACACUCUUGCCCAUGUAGAGGAAAUUCUAUUGUUCUUCCGGUGUGAAAUUACCUCUUAAAAUGGUGUUUGUUGCAUGAACAAGUCACCUGUUCCAUGUAUGACUCAGGCACUGUCUACAGCAGUGUUUCUUAAACUUUUUAAGCCUGAGGAAUGCCAAAUAAUUUUUUAAUGUAAAAC